GGAGUAUAAGGUUACAAAUAUAUUUGAAUAUCUUUAGCUUGGACGCCACGCUUUGGGUUGUUAUUCAGUAGUGAAUCGCCAGACGGAGGGCUAACACUGCCUUUAACUUUUCAUUACUCCAGAUAACUUUCAAAAUCAACUGCAAUCAUGUCCGACGAGGAAGAGGUCUACAGUGAAGAAGAGGAGGAGGAGGAGGAGGUCGUGGAGCAACACACGACCAAAGUAGAAGGCGAUGCAGCUGCUGGAGACCCAGAAUUCAUCAAGCGUCAAGACCAAAAGAGAUCAGAUCUCGAUGAUCAACUCAAGGAAUACAUCUUGGAAUGGCGCAAACAGCGUGCCAAGGAAGAAGAAGAUCUUAAACGCCUUAAGGAAAAGCAAGCUAAGCGCAAGGUAUCCCGCGCUGAAGAAGAAAAGCGUAUGGCCCAAAGGAAAAAGGAAGAAGAAGAACGCAGAAUAAGAGAAAUUGAAGAAAAGAAACAAAGAGACAUUGAAGAAAAGCGUCAACGUCUCGAAGAAGCCGAAAAGAAACGCCAGGCUAUGCUUCAAGCCACCAAGGAUGCCAACAAGAAGGGCCCCAACUUCACCAUCACCAAAAAGGACAGCAACUUCAACAUGUCUUCUGCACAAAUUGAAAGAAACAAGACCAAGGAACAAUUGGAAGAGGAAAAGAAAAUUUCUCUGUCCUUCCGUAUCAAGCCUCUGGAUAUCGAAUCUCUUAGCGUUGAAAAACUCAGACAAAAGGCCAAUGAACUUUGGGAAUGCAUCGUCAAGUUGGAAACUGAGAAAUACGAUCUGGAGGAACGCCAAAAACGCCAGGACUACGAUCUUAAAGAAUUGAAAGAAAGGCAGAAACAACAACUCAGACACAAAGCAUUGAAGAAAGGAUUAGAUCCAGAAGCCCUCACAGGAAAAUACCCACCCAAAAUCCAAGUCGCCUCCAAAUAUGAGAGACGUGUCGACACAAGAUCAUAUGAUGAUAAGAAAAAAUUAUUUGAAGGCGGUUUCGACACAUUGUUCUCUGAAGUAAAUGAAAAGUCAUGGAAACAGCGUUACGAACUAUUCCAGAAACGUAGUAAAACUAAGCUUCCUAAAUGGUUCGGCGAACGACCAGGCAAGAAAGCCGGAGACCCAGAAUCACCCGAAGGUGAGGAAGAACUUAAGGUCGAUGAUGUCUUGGACGAAGAAAUUGAAGAACCCACCUUUGAACCAGAACCAGAAGCUGAGGAGGAGGAGGAAGAAGAGGAAGAAGAAGAGGAGGAAGAAGAGGAAGAAGAAGAAGAAGAGGAAGAGGAAGAAGAAGAGGAAUAGACGCGCCUUUAAACGUAAGCUCACGCAAUACUUAUAUACAGAUUCACAAGAUUCCUACAAUUCAAUACAAUAUGAAUAUGUAAUAAAUCAUAGAUUUUUUGUUAAUUAAUAUAUUAAGGACAAGAGAAAAUAAACUCAUCUAUAUUUCAACUAAA